UAAUGGGAAUAAAAAGUGCUGUCUCUUUAUGAUGACGUGUGUUUCCGGCGACAGAAGGAGGGCGGUUUGAAAGCAAAGAGGUAACUUCUGUCAACAUGCUGGAAAUGAACCAAACUACUUCACUAAACCGAAGUUAACCUUCACCGUCAGUAAGAUGCCGUAUCUGCAAACUACGUUAGCCGACCUGGAACCAAGUGUUGGUGUAUUAUUGCCGUUUUCUCUGGACUUUUAACUGAACUAAACUCAGUAACGUGACGCUACCUAGCAGCUAGCUGCUAGCUGCUGCUGGGAUCAGAUCCAGACCCAGCUGCCUGUUUCUUCUGUUAUCUUUAACUCUUCUUGACCCAGUGCUCCACAAAACAACCCCAGUAGCCUACUACAGCCUGUCAACAUGGCGAGUGUGCAUGAGAGUCUGUAUUUCAACCCCAUGAUGACGAACGGAGUGGUGCAUGCUAACGUGUUUGGUAUCAAAGACUGGGUCACUCCGUAUAAGAUCUCUGUUCUGGCUCUGCUGUACGACAUGACUGCGUCCAAGAUCACCCUGCCAGAGAGAAGACGACUCAACAAACUCAUCCUGCCCUUGCAGCAGGGUCCAGACCUGACUCUUGGCCAAUUCCUGAAGACUGUGGAGGAGUGUUGCCCUCAGACUGCAUAUGCUGUCAAACUCAGGCUGCAUGAAAUGGCAGACGGAGAGCUGAAAGACAUGGAGUACUUCUUUUCCACUCUUCCCACUCCAUUCACUGCUUUUGAUUCUGAGGCGUAUAAAACCAGUGUUGUAGGGCUUUUUAUGAGACACAUGCUUCUGGCCUACAACAAGCUGUCUUUUAGUCAGGUCUACAAGCUGUACAAGUCCCUGCAGCACUACUACCACAGUCACUACGCCAAGCCCACCGAUGGGCAGGUGGGUUUGCCGGCGCUGGUCGCUGACGACUCCGACAUGGACCUCACCAGCACCGAGGACACCGUAGGGGACAGAAUAGACCGAGAGGAGUUGGACACCCCGCUGCAUGAGUCAGAGCUUCGAAAUGACAAUACUCCAAGCAGAGGUCCCCUGUCACAAAAACAAGCAGAGUACUUUCUUGCAAGACAGGCAUAUCUUCUGAAGAACGACGAGAACAAAGCUCUAAAGCCCGCUGCACUGCAGGAAGAGCUCAACAACAUGCUGAAGUUUAACCCUGAUUUUGCUGAGGCGCAUUAUCUAAACUACCUGAACAGCAUGAGAGUCCAGGACAUCUUCCUCUCCGCUCACAGUCUCUUACAUUACUUUGACCGCCUCAUCUUGUCUGGAAAUGAGGGAAAGAGCAACGGGGAUGAGGGCUACGGCCGAAGUCUCCGCUACGCUGCUCUCAACCUGGCGAGCCUGCACUGUCGCUUCGGCCACUAUCAGCAGGCUGAUCUGGCUGUAAAGGAGGCUAUCCGCAUUGCCCAGGAGUCCAAUGAUCAUGUGUGCUUGCAGCACUGUCUGAGUUGGCUGUACACGCUGGAACAGAUGAAGGGAUCUGACAGCACUGUGUUAACUGAGGAUUCAGUGAAAAUGGCUGCCCAUUUCUGCCUGCCGUACUUGGCAUCUCUGGGCAUUCAGUCUUUGGUCCAGCAGGGGGCGACACAGGGCAAGACAGCUCACAAGCUGAUGGAUGCGCUGAAGGACACGGACAUCCUGCACUGGAAGCACAGUCUGUCGGAGCUGAUCGAGAUCAGCCUGGCUCAGACUACGUCCAUAUGGAGGAUGUACGGCAAGAGCACCAUGGCUCUGCAGCAGGCCCAGCUGCUUCUCAACAUGAGCAGUCUGGAGCCGGUCAACUUCGGGGUCCAGCAGAACAACACCGAGGCGUUCGCCGUGGCUCUUUGCCACCUGGCCGAGCUGCACGCUGAGCAGGGCCUGUACUGCUCCGUUACAGAUAUUCUCCAGCAUCUGAAAGAACAGUUUCCUCCUCACUCACAGCAUGCAAAGCUCUGGAUGCUGUGUGAUCUGAAAAUCCAGUUUGAGCGACAUAUGAACCAAGGGAAAUACCAUUUGGCAGAGCCACUAGUCACAGCGAUCUCUGCCUUAAACAAAACAGAUGGUCUCUACAGGAAAGCUCAAGUUCUGAAGGCUCUCAACCGGAGCACUGAGGCGUACAGCGUCUUACAGCGGCUGCAGGUGCACUGUGAGAAGACUAAAUGCACGGAGGUGGUCAUCAGAGUUAUGCUUUCCACCGCUGAGCUCCACUGGGAGUCGUCUGGCUUCUCCACAGCUCUUCCUCUCCUCCUGCAGGCCUUGUCUCUGGCUAGACAGCACCACCUCCAGUCCCUGGCCUCGGAGACCAUCCUUCACCUGGCCUUCACUCAGCUGAUGUUGGGGGUUCCUGAGCACGCUCUGAGUGUUCUGCAUGAAGCCAUUGAGCCCGUUCUAGCCCACGGAUCGGUCAUGGACAAGGGCCGAGCCCUGCUGCUGACGGCCCGCUGUCAGAUGGCGGUGGCUGGGUUCAGGCCAAACAGACAAGGGCAAGCAGAUUUGCAUUUGGCUGUUUUGGCCGUCGACACGUUAAAUGAGGCAGCGGCCUAUUUCUCCAAGCUGAACUGUAAGGAGCGGCUGCGGGACGUCCACUACCUGCAGGCUCAGCUGCACCGUUCUCUGGGACAGACCUCGCAGUGCAACAGAAGUGCCAUGCUCUUCCGGCUGCUGGACCAGGAGCUGCAAUCACCAGCGCCGCCGGUCUCCAUGCGACUGUAACUUCUCCCUGUCCAACAACAAACCGGAGUCAUUUUGGCUACUGAAAAAGGUCACAACACCUCCUCUAUCUGCUGAGCAGAGACACUGCUGCUCACCACUAGAUGGUGGCAACGAUAUGUCCUGCUCUGUCAGCACUAAAACAUUUGUUAAUAUUUAAGCAAUUUGGAAACUCUGCUGCACGCAAUGCCUGGAUAAAAAUGAAAGAGGACGAUGUCAGUAGACAUAAACAAGGUUGAGUAACCGGUUAGACCAAGAAUAAAUUAGUUGUCUCUUCACUUGUGGUCGGAUACAGAUUUAAUUGAGGGCCAACAUAUUUCUAAUGCUUCAACCACAGCAACAGUCCAGGCUUGUCAGACAGACAGAACACACCUUCCAACGGCACAAUGGAAACAUUGAAAGUUUAUCAGGAGCUGUCACGGCCGCGCCAAUUUAACCGCCGCUUUUUGACAAAUGAGGGCAAUAUCACAGUUAGCAAGAUGAAUGUGUUUUGGUGGCCCCGGAUGAUUCAUAUUUCGCCAGAAGAAUACAGAUGAAGCUGGAAUCUGGAGGAGGAAAUCGUGAUCACAUUUCUAAUGUAAUAGACCCCACGGCGAUGACAUAACACCAGAUACUGCGUCUGUGUUCCAUUUCCGUCUGACACGAUUUGUGAGAACGAUUCUUGGCUUACAGCAUUACAUUUAGGUGUCCUGACGGGCCUGUAAUCCAUUACUCGCUGCACUUCUUUUGAGAAAAUAAACAACUUGUUUCAUUUUA